AUGAAUUCUCCAACAAUGAAAUCGGAACAACUUACUCCAAAACUCUCACCAAUGUCCUUUUGUUUGGAUGACCAAAGAAAUGCAGGCUCUUUUCAAAAUCUAUUGAACUCACCUACGAAGCUAAAAUUAGACACUGGCCCGAUUGGUAAUUCCUUGUUAUAUCCAACAUCACUCUCUAAAUUGAGCGAGUUAUCAAGAGGUGGACGUUCUAAACAAAGAAGGGGCUCUGACACUAUGAGGUCUGUAUCGCCUAUUAGGUUUCAGUUUUUGAACAACACUCCAAAGAUGUUAAAACCCGAGUACCUAUCUCAAACAACCAGUAAUCUGCCAUUGCUAUCUGCCCUAUUGAAGAAUAGCAAGAAAACUACUAGUGAAGGCCAGAAUUCAAACCCUGAUCCAUUGAACAUAGAGAAAAACAUCAUUAAACAAAGCAUCAAGGACAAACUAGAGCAGCUGCGCAGUUCAGAAUCCGUUGCGCAAGUACAAAAGAAAGAACGCAAUCCCCCUUCAUUUGAGGCCAAAGUCUGUGCGGAAGAACCGAUAUUACGGAAAAACGCCGAAGGGUUGCUCCCCUCAUACGUUCCUGUUCCUGCUACUCCUUUGGAAGAUCCAGAAAAUCAUGGGGUGCGAAAGGUCGAGGACAAAGGACUUAGAGUCGUCUCCGGCGGCUCCACUCAGUGUCUAAGCACCGAAGUGAACGAAUUGCCUAAGGAUCUGAAUCUAGACAAUUUACCUACGGAUAAUAACGGGUUCGUUCAAUAUGGUCUCAAAGGCAAUAACAACAACAACAGAUAUAGCUUUAUCUCGUCUACGUCGACGGACUAUGAGCCCGAAUGGUGUGACGGACAACAACAUAUUUCAAUGCAAAUGGCCUCUAUGGCCAAUGCAGAGGAGGCAAAUAGUCGUGAAAAAUCGAAUUUAGACAUAAAGAUCAAGCAGCUAGAACUUGAAAUUACAGAAUUAAAGUUGCAGAAUGAAAAAUUAGUGCAUUCCAUGACGACGAACAGAUACAUUGAAGAAAGAUUUAUGCUUGAGGUUAUGAAGGAUCCUAGUAUACAGGCUCAAAGAUCCCAAAGAGAUAUUGAGAGAAAAGUCAAGCAACUGGAGAAAAAAUUCUUCAAUUGUAAAAAAGUUCUUAAGAAAUUGACUGAAUCCUCCGCAGUAGUGGCCACCUCCACUUCAAAAACUGAAGGAAAUUCAGCAAGAAUCCCAUGCCCUAAGACUAGACUGGCACGCGUUUCUGUUUUAGACCUAAAGAAAAUUGAAGAACAGCCAGAUUCUUCUUCGGGAACUUCGUCCGAGGAAGAUCAUCUAACAAACGAUGAUACGGAUGCUAAUACUAGCGAAGAUUUAAAUGUUGCUUUUGAAGAGGAGCCAACUUCUGCUAUUUCCACAACAGCAUCUGUGCAGAGUGGGGAAAGUAAAAGAGGUUUCCAACUUAACCUUCCUGUCCAAGUGGAGAAGAAGGAAAAAUGA